CCUAACUGUAAGAUAAUUUAUUAUCCCAAUCCUUUCAGAAUUGGUCUUCUAUUCAUUAUCGGAUUGCAAGACUCAAGACUAAUCAAGAGCUCAACACAACUCUCGACCUGCAGCCUCUGUGUCAGUGUCCCAUAUGGAUUACAAGGCUAAAGGGGUUUCUAGUUCUAUGAGAAUUAGGAUUAAAAGUUCUAUAGCAAUAAGGAUACCUCAAGGAGUCUCUUGAUGGGCAAGACUCCUUGAGUGAUGCAUAUAAAUAGAACAGCUCCCUCUAAGAGCCGAUACACACAAAAAUCUCAUCAAGUGAUUCACCCCAUCUGGAAUCUGAGAAUAAGGCAAUCGGUGAUCUUAGAGAAGAGCUGUCUCCCAGGUGUUUGACAAAAGGCUUCAAUGGCAGAACAAGUUUUAAACACAUAUAUAUAUACUAUGUGUUUUUCAAUUAAUCACAACUCGAUUGAAACUCUCAUUGGCUCCAACUACACCAAAUGGAGGGAAGAUGUGGAAAUUGCUCUAGGAUUGCUGGAUUAUGAGAUGGUCAUUGAAGAAGAAGCUCCUGCAGAACCUGCUGCUACUGCAUCUGCUGAAGCAAAAGCAAAAUAUGCAAAAUGGAUUAAAGCCAACAAGAUGGCUAUUCUAAUCAUGAGGAGAUCAAUUUCACCAUCUGUCAGAGGAAGCAUCACACCAUCUGAUAAUGCCAAGAAGUUCAUUGAUUCUAUUGCGGAAAAAUUUCAGGAAUCCAAGAAAGCUGAAAUUGGUACUCUGAUGGCACAACUUACUGAUGCAAAAUACAAUGGGGAGAAGUGUGUAAGAACACACAUAUUGAAUAUGCUGGAAAUUGGGAACAAGCUGCAAGCACUCAAAGUCAAUGUGGAUGAAAAUAUGAUGGUACACUUUGCAAUAAAUUCUCUACCAAGCACUUUCAAGCACCUUAGAAGCACCUAUGUAGCACAGAAGGAAAUAUGGACAGUAACUGACCUCAUAGGCAUCUGUGUGCAGGAAGAACAAAAUAUGAAGAAAGAUAAGGCUGAAGAAAGAGUUAACAUGGUUCACAACUUCAAACCCAAAAAGGAUUUUGGAAAGGGUAAAAUUGCUUGGAAGAAAAACAAGGAAGAAAAGGGAAGUAAGGGGCUAGAACCAGAAGGUUUCAAGUGUUACUUCUGCAAGAAUUUGGUCAUAUGAAGAGGAAUUGUGACAGAUACAAACGCUGGCUAGAUAAACAGAAGGCUAAAGGGGUUCAAAACAAAGAGGUUGCCAAGCAAGGCUGAGAUGAAAGUGUUCGUGGGAAAUGGAGAAAGAGUCAAGGUGGAGUACAUUGGAUUAGCUAAGAUCGUUUUGGAGUCUGGUUUUAUUUUGGAGUUAGUAGAUGUAGUUUAUAUUCCUUCUAUGAAAAGGAAUCUUAUUUCAGUUAGUAAGCUUGUAAAAUCAAACUUACAGUUUGAGUUUGAUGAGUCUGGAUUCUCCAUUUUCAAAAAUAAAGUUAUGAUCGGUAAUGGUUUUCUAGA